CCAUGUAGCCCAGGUUGGCCCGAAUCUCAGCGCUCUACCUGCCUCCGCCUCCUGAGGGCCGGGACUACAGGCGUGCAUCGCGUGUUUCUAUUCUGUGUAUGAGUGCAUACCUGCACGUAUGUGAGCGCAUCGUGUCCUGCAGCGCCCGCGGAGGUCAGACGAGCGCGGCGGACCCCCUGGAACUGGAGUUACGGACGGUUGUUAGCCGCCAGUGGUGCUGGGAAUCGAACCCGGGUCCUCUGCAGGAGCAACCGGCGCUCUAACCGCCGAGCCCUGUCUCCAGCGCUAACAGUGACUGUCUAAGUGUUGGCUAUCAGAUCAGAGGUGGGAGACUUUCCGUCUCACAUAGUCGGCGGGCAGCAGCUCCUGCAAGGGCUUCAGGAUGCCUGCGGCGCUGGUGGAGAACAGCCAGGUCAUCUGUGAAGUGUGGGCCAGCAAUCUUGAGGAGGAGAUGCGGAAGAUCCGGGAAAUCGUCCUCCGCUACAGCUACAUUGCUAUGGACACAGAGUUUCCGGGUGUUGUGGUGCGACCGAUCGGUGAGUUCCGGAGCUCCAUAGAUUACCAGUAUCAGCUCCUGCGGUGCAAUGUUGACCUUUUGAAGAUUAUCCAGCUGGGCCUCACAUUCACAAAUGAGAAAGGAGAAUAUCCUUCUGGAAUCAACACGUGGCAGUUCAACUUCAAGUUCAACCUCACAGAGGACAUGUACUCUCAGGACUCCAUCGACCUGCUUGCGAACUCUGGGCUGCAGUUUGAGAAGCACGAGGAGGAAGGUAUCGACACCUUGCACUUCGCAGAGCUGCUGAUGACGUCAGGAGUGGUUCUCUGUGACAAUGUCAAGUGGCUCUCAUUUCACAGUGGCUAUGACUUUGGCUACAUGGUGAAGUUGCUCACAGACUCCCGGUUGCCAGAGGAAGAACAUGAGUUUUUUCAUAUCCUGAAUCUCUUCUUUCCUUCCAUUUAUGAUGUAAAGUACCUGAUGAAGAGCUGCAAAAACCUCAAGGGAGGCCUUCAGGAGGUAGCUGAUCAGCUGGAUUUGCAGAGAAUUGGAAGGCAGCACCAGGCAGGCUCAGACUCCCUCCUGACGGGGAUGGCCUUCUUCAGGAUGAAAGAGCUGUUCUUUGAAGACAGUAUUGAUGAUGCCAAGUACUGUGGGCGCCUCUAUGGUCUGGGCACGGGCGUGGUCCAGAAGCAGACCGAGGAUGUGGACUCUGCCCAGGAGAAGAUGAGCAUCCUGGCCAUGAUCAACAACAUACAGCAGUGAAGGGAAGGGCUGCGUGCCCAGCACCAAGGUGCCCAGUGCUGCCAGAGCCUGCCGCCCAAGCCAGCAGAUCUGCAUCUGCCCCAAGCAGAGACUUCAGGUUUUGUUUAAAGAUGUCUUUAUUUUAGAUCCAGAAGUGGGGUUUGCUGUGAAUUUGUAAACAGGUCUUGUCUGAAUGCCCACAGCCCUCUGCUGCUUCCCACCACCAGCACCCAUGGCUCCACGGACACUUUUAAAUCGCUAAGAUGUCUGAAACAAACAGUAAAGUGUAUGUAACUCUUACCGUGUCAUUCCUGUUCUUUUGGCUUUGUGCCUGCUCCGAUGAAGAUGCCUGGUGAUUCUCAGCUGAGCUGAGGCUCCCAGGGACAUGGUGUACUGCUCUUGGGAUGCAGAGUGUGCGGGCCAGGCGCCUCUCAGGCACAGUGUUCACACACACACAACUGGUAGUAAGGCCCCUGUGCUGAAACCUGGACAGUGCUGCAGACUGCCUUUCCUAUGUGUGACCACUGAGAUGUCUAGAUUAAAGUCCGUUCUGUGGUGCCACUGAGGCAUGUGUGUCUGUGUCGUCGUCAUCCCCCCCCCCCCAUUUCCAGAAGACUGUCCUGGAUGAGGUCCUGAAGGAAGCUGGGUCGGGCUGUGGCUCUCAGCUGCUGGCAGCAGUGGGGUCUCAGGCAGGCUGUGUCUGCUCCCUGCUACCUCUGUGGCUUUGUUUUUAGCAAACCCAAGCUGGAGGGUGGGUGAGGGUUAGCGCCAGGACCUGAAUGUCAGGAUGUUACCAUGGCCGCUGUGACAGGAUAGGAGGGAAGCCUGGGUCUCUAGGAAUCAGCCUGCAACUGUGGUAGAAAAAGCCUAUGACUUUGUUCUUAAAAUCGGUCAUUUAGAGAGCAGUGUGCUUUCUAAGGAACCACAGAAUGGCCAGUUUUGAAAAGGCAGAAACUCCCUAGAAGGGUAGAGACAAAAGUACUGGCUCAUGAGGCGAAUGAUCCCGCAUUUGAAACGCUGUGGAAAACUCAGUUUGAACAGAUUACCAAAUGUCAAGUAUUAAACCUAUUUAAGAUGCUUGUAAAUAUUAAAUGUUUUAAAUUUUGUAAAAUAAAGUUUCUUUUUAACCACUGG